UUUUUUGAUUGUCUAACAAAACACAACAUAAUUAACAAAUGAUUUGUUAAUAUUUUGAUCGUUACUCCAAAAUAUUAACAUUGAUUUUAGCAUUUGUUGUGUCAUUUUCACUGAUUUUGUCAUUUAUUUGAUACAAAUUUUUAUUUAUUACACAAAACCAUUGUUUUCAUAACACUAUUCAGUGUUUUAUCAUUGAAUUUAUGAUUUAAAAUAUAUCUGAUUAAUAAAAACGACUAAAAUAAAUGGAUAACAAUUCAGACGACAAGAUUUGUGAGACAUCUGGAGAAGAGACGAAAGUAUUAAAAGAAAAGCAGACUUUGGAGGCAACAAAUGGCUGUCCAAUGACUCAAAAGAUUAAGAUUCCGCGAUCACGGACUGAGAGUACCAGUAGUGACGAAAAUCGGAUGCUCUCCACAACUCAUGACAUAAAUAAUAUUAGUAUUGAUGGUAAGCGACAAAAAUCAGAAAUACGGGACAACAGAUCAACGUCACCGACAACAACACCUUUGGCUGAAUCGGUAACUGUCGGAGCGUUUGGAUUUGGUUUAAGUCCAUCUCCGCCACGAUUUAUAUCAUUUGAAGAGAUAAUGAAAGCGGCGAACGGCGUCGAGAAUAUGGUUUUGGCGCACGAAAUAGCUGUCGAUAACAACUUUAAACUGGAAAAAGUGGAACCGACUGACAACAGUCUUGAGAGACAAGUGAAAGAAGUGGCGCACAAAGCUUUUUGGGAUAUUCUUGAAUCACAACUCAAUGAAUCGCCAACUAAUUACAAACAGGCUUUGAAUUUAUUGAAAGAUAUUAAAGAAAAUUUAUUGUCAUUGCUUUUGCCACAACAUACUCGUCUCAAACAAGAGAUCGAAGAAAUACUUGAUUUGGAUCUAAUUGAACAACAGGCAGAUAAUGGCAUCUUUGACUUUCAACGAUACGCUCAGUACAUACUAUCAGUUUGUUCACGACUCUGUGCUCCCAUAAGAGAUGAGACAAUACGGGAAUUGACUCAAACUAAUGAAGUCAUUUCUCUCAUUAGAGGAAUAAUGGAUUUGUUGGAUGUGAUGAAGUUAGAUAUGGCUAACUUUCAUAUACAACAAUUGCGACCUCACAUUCAGCUCAAGUCUAUUGAAUACGAACGCAAAAAGUUUAAAGAGUUUCUCGAACAGCAAUCAAAGUUAACAACAGUCGAUGGACUCGAGUUUACUAAAUCAUGGAUUAAACGCAACUAUGAAGCUAUUGAUGUAUCCAAAGAAAGCAAUGCUGUUAUGAUUACAAAUAAAAUCUUAACGAAUGCUUAUUUGGAACUAUUAGUUUGUGAUAAUGCCAUACAAGACUCAUAUCCAGAAACACUUCUAUUGGAUGCUAAGCGGAUACAAGAAAUUAGAGAACAGGUACUUAAGAUAACACUCGUUGGCUCUAUUUUUCUGGUUACAAAUGCAACGACUGGACCAUCGGUUCAAAGUCUUCAAGAGUUUAAAAAUAAGUUAAAGAAAGAGUUAUGUAUUUUAUUACCAGACAAUUGUUCGGUUCUAUCAGACACUGAAUUCAAGGAUAUUUUGAUUACAAUUUCACUUCGUUUGAAACAAGAACUGAAAAUCUGUGCCGAAGAACAUGGAUUCGCACAGUUGGACACAAAUAAAGAACAAUCUUUAGAGAAACAGACAGUCGAUCUGAGCUCAAGUGAUAACAGAUUAAGAAAAAUAGUUGAAAGAAGAGUAUUAGAGUUUAUUGAAAGGGCUUUGAUGUCACCGACAGCACAACCGAUGCAAAUACCAACCGGUCUUUCAGCAGUUAAAGAAGAAUUGACAGAAAUUACUGGAAAAUUUAUACGUAUUGUUAGCCACAAUAGAGCCGUUUUCAGUCAAUAUUAUGCGGACAUUAUCACUGAAUUAGUCCCCGAAGUAAGCGCUUGUGAGACAAAAUCUAUUGAAAGAGAUCUCACUCUUUAGAUUAAUGAACAGAUUAUUAAUAUAAUGAAUUUGUUCAUUAAUUUUUAGCUAAAUUUCAAUCUUAUAGCUAAAAUAUUAAAAUAUAAAAAAUACA